AUGGAGCCUGGUUCAGCCAUGCUCUAUAACCAUGCAAGGCUUCAGUGCAGGAACUGGGACACCAAUCCAGCCACCAAACCUCUGAUUCAGGAUGUGCUGAGAAUGAAGCCUAACAGAAACAUCAUCAAAGAGACCAGAGAUAUUUCAUCCAGCCACAGUUGGGAGCAGAUCCAGAGUCCCACGGUCACAUGCCCGGCUAAAACGGAGGAGGCAGAGCCGCCGGCCAGAUCAGUUGCCGGGCCACAGUCUGAUAAGGGUUUCUCCCCUGUCGCAGGGAGAUCGCGCAAUAAGCACGAGGUGGUGCCAGAUACAACCUCCCAGGCUUUCCCACUUAGACAGGGAACCGGUGGCCAGACCCAAUACUGGCCGUUUUCAGCAGCUGACAUUUACAAUUGGAAACAACACAACCCUUCUUUCUCCAAAGAUCCGGUGGCACUCACCGACCUAAUAGAAUCUGUUUUACUUACCCACCAGCCUACUUGGGAUGACUGCCAACAGCUCUUACAGGCCCUCUUAACCUCAGAAAAAAAACAAAGAGUGUUCCUAGAGGCCAGAAAGCAUGUUCUGGGAGAUGAUGGGCGUCCCACCCAGCUGCCUGAGGACCAAACUGGGAUUUUAAUACAGCUGAAGCUUCAGGACAACUCAGCGACCGGACGGCCUGGGUACAAGGAGCUACUGGUGAGAAACAAUACCGAUGGACUACGGACCGCCGGGUUCAGCUGGCUACUGAGGAGACAGAACAGCAUGACUGACUACAAAUCCUCGCAGAAGUACAUAGAACCAGGCCGGACCUAUCGGACCAGCCUCUUCAGAAUGCUGACCACACAUGGUACACAGAUGGCAGCAGCUUCUUGGCAGAGGGAGAACAAAAGGCUGGAGCUGCGGUCACUACGGAGGACAAAGUGAUUUGGGCGAAAGCCCUGCCUGCUGGUAGCUCCGCACAACGGGCUGAACUCAUCGCCUUGACUCAGGCGCUCAAGAUGACAAAAGCGAUACAAAAGGUGACUGAGAGUUACAAAGCGUGCGCUCAGGUUAACCUGGGAAGGACCAUGAUUGGACAAGGAGUUCGUCCUAGGGGACACCGUCCCAACAUCCAUUGGGAAAUUGAUUUUACUGAAAUUAAACCAGGUAUAUAUGGAUACAAGUAUCUCCUAGUGUUUGUAGACACCUUCUCAGGAUGGGUCGAAGCCUUCCCCACAAAACACGAGACUACAAAAAUGGUCACCAAGAAGCUCCUCGAGGAAAUCUUUCCCAGGUAUGACAUGCCUCAAGCGUUGGGGUCGGACAACGGGUCCGCUUUCGUCUCCCAAGUAAGUCAGUUGGUGGCCAAAUUGCUGGGGAUUGAUUGAAAAUUACAUUGUGCCUAUAGAUCCCAGAGUUCAGGUCAGGUAGAACACAUAAAUAGAACAAUUAAGGAGACUUUAUCCAAACUUACGCUUGCAACUGGCUCAAAGGAUUGGGUGGCCCUCCUUCCCCUAGUUCUAUAUCGGGCCCGGAAUACCCCGGGCCCCCAUGGUCUAACUCCUUUUGAAAUAAUAUAUGGAACACCACCCCCAUUUGUCCAUUUCUUUGAUUCAAACAUUGCUGAUUUUGCUGACAGCCCUUCUCUGAGGGCCCAUUUACAGGCCCUACAGAUUGUGCAGAGAGAC